UGCAGUAAACUCGGCCCACUCGUGUGAGUUGUUGGAGCGGGAGAAGGAUGAGGUGCGUGGGGCAUUGGAGGGCGAGCUUCAGACGAUGCAGGAGCAGCACCACACGGAGCUGGCCCAGCUGGAGGAGAGGCUCAGGGUGUUCUACCAGGCCGAGGGGGACCAGAUCCAUCUGACCUACCAGGAGGAGGCAGACCGGUGCAAGGCCUUAAUGGAGCAGCACCACACGGAGCUGGCCCAGCUGGAGGAGAGGCUCAGGGUGUUCUACCAGGCCGAGGGGGACCAGAUCCAUCUGACCUACCAGGAGGAGGCAGACCGGUGCAAGGCCUUAAUGGAGCAGCACCACACGGAGCUGGCCCAGCUGGAGGAGAGGCUCAGGGUGUUCUACCAGGCCGAGGGGGACCAGAUCCAUCUGACCUACCAGGAGGAGGCAGACCGGUGCAAGGCCUUAAUGGAGCAGCACCACACGGAGCUGGCCCAGCUGGAGGAGAGGCUCAGGGUGUUCUACCAGGCCGAGGGGGACCAGAUCCAUCUGACCUACCAGGAGGAGGCAGACCGGUGCAAGGCCUUAAUGGAGCAGCACCACACGGAGCUGGCCCAGCUGGAGGAGAGGCUCAGGGUGUUCUACCAGGCCGAGGGGGACCAGAUCCAUCUGACCUACCAGGAGGAGGCAGACCGGUGCAAGGCCUUAAUGGAGCAGCACCACACGGAGCUGGCCCAGCUGGAGGAGAGGCUCAGGGUGUUCUACCAGGCCGAGGGGGACCAGAUCCAUCUGACCUACCAGGAGGAGGCAGACCGGUGCAAGGCCUUAAUGGAGCAGCAGGAGCCUCCUGCAGGCGGACUCCACCAGGAGAUGGUCACCAGUUCCCAGUCCACCCCGCCUCCCAACAAAAACAAGGUCAACGUGGCCACCCAGUGUGACCCGGACGAAGUGAUCGUCCUAUCGGACUCGGAAUGA